AUGCUCCUAUUAUCUUUGUUGAGCAAGCACGAGCAACUUUCAGUUGCUGAGAUCACCAAUAGUGCUUUUGAACCAUCCUCCAUGAUGGCCAAGUGUGACCCUCGCCAUGGGAAGUACAUGGCGUGUUGUUUGGUGUACCGGGGUGAUGUUGUGUCGAAGGAUGUGAAUGUCGUUGUGGCGGCCAUCAAAACCAAGAGAACCAUGGACGACCAUCGAUGGAGUUGGUCUUAUUCAUCUCACAAUUAUGAACCUUAG